GCCAUUGUUGGGCGUGUCGCGCCUGCGCCGCCGUGGCCCCGCCCCCCAGGUCCCGCCCCCUCCUUGGCGCUUGGAGAGGGGCCCGGCCGGCCGCCGGGCCACCGGGUGCGCUGCAGACCACCAUGAGCAAGCGGAAGGCGCCGCAGGAGACGCUCAACGGGGGAAUCACCGACAUGCUCAUCGAGCUCGCCAACUUCGAGAAGAACGUGAACCAGGCCAUCCACAAGGCCAACGCCUACAGAAAAGCAGCAUCUGUGAUAGCAAAGUACCCACACAAAAUAAAGAGUGGAGCAGAAGCUAAGAAAUUGCCUGGAGUAGGGACAAAAAUUGCUGAAAAGAUUGAUGAGUUUUUAGCAACUGGAAAAUUGCGGAAACUGGAAAAGAUUAGGCAGGAUGAUACAAGUUCAUCUAUUAAUUUCCUCACUCGAGUUACUGGGAUUGGUCCCUCUGCUGCAAGGAAGUUUGUUGAUGAAGGGAUUAAAACAUUAGAAGACCUCCGAAAAAAUGAAGAUAAAUUGAACCAUCAUCAGCGAAUUGGGCUGAAAUAUUUUGAGGAUUUUGAGAAAAGAAUUCCUCGAGAAGAGAUGUUGCAAAUGCAAGCUAUUGUACUAAAUGAAGUUAGUAAAGUGGAUUCUGAGUACAUUGCUACAGUCUGUGGCAGCUUCAGAAGAGGUGCAGAAUCGAGUGGUGACAUGGAUGUUCUUUUGACCCAUCCAAGUUUUACCUCUGAAUCAGCCAAACAGCCAAAGUUGUUACAUCGGGUUGUGGAACAGUUACAGAAGGUCCACUUUAUUACAGAUACUCUGUCAAAGGGUGAAACGAAGUUCAUGGGUGUUUGCCAGCUUCCAAAUAAAAAUGAUGAAAAGGAAUAUCCGCACAGAAGAAUUGAUAUCAGGUUAAUACCCAAGGAUCAGUAUUACUGUGGAGUUCUCUAUUUCACUGGAAGUGAUAUUUUCAAUAAAAAUAUGAGAGCUCAUGCCCUAGAAAAGGGCUUCACAAUUAACGAAUACACAAUUCGUCCUUUGGGAGUCACUGGAGUUGCUGGCGAGCCCCUGCCUGUGGGCAGUGAGAGAGACAUUUUCGACUACAUCCAGUGGGAAUACCGAGAACCCAAGGACAGGAGUGAAUGAGCCUCUCAGCGCGUCCUCCAGGCACGGCUCCAGAGGGUUCUUAAUUUAUUUCCUAACCUUUGCUAUGUAAGGGUCUUUGGUGUUUUUAAAUGGUUGUUUCUCAUCACGCUUUGGCUUGUGUUGUAGUGAAUAAAACCUCUUGUGCCAGUGUGAAGUACCUGUUCCUCUUUUAUUAGCAAACAUGCUUAAAUUUGCAUACUGUGUUCAUGAUCAUACUUUGUGAAUAAUUUAAUAGAGGGAAUUAAGAGAUAAAAGUCUUUAAUAAGAAAAUUCUUAGUUUUUCAGUUUUCACCUCCAUUGUCCCACUGCCUUUCCCCUGUUACUGAUUGUAAGUUUGUCUACUAAGGUGUACACAGAGACCAAUCUGAAAAGGGGUCAUUACUUUUUAGAUACUAGAGACCUUUAUUCAUUAUUUUUAUUAGCUCAUAUUAGAUUUUGUAAUAAAUACUUUUUUAAAAAGGUAUAUGAUUUAGCUUUUAAUGAAAUCUGUAAUAGUUGCUUAUAAUCAGAAAGAGCUUCCUUAAGCAAAAUCAUGUCUAAUAGGCACUCAUAUACAAAGUACAACUUCUUAAAUAGGAAAAAUGUCUUUCACUUUUUUGGUUUUGACUUUUUGAGUCAUACCCGGUGAUGUUCAGGGGUGACUCCUGGCUCUGCAUUCUGGAAUUACUCCUGGUAGGGCUCGAAUCCAGUUGACCACAUGCAAGGCAAAUGCCCUACCCACUGUGCUGUCGCCCUGACCCCCAUUUUUCACUUUUUUGCCCUAGUUUUUUUCCCCAAGUAACUUUUAAGUUCAUGUGGUCAAGAUAUAUAAGUAAAAACAUUCCUGAAAGACACUGUUUUGAAAUAUGUUAAAUAAAUACAAAAUGUAAAAAAAUUUUAAAUGAUAAGUAAAAUUAUUGAAAACUGGUAACUUCCAGAAGGCUAUUCAAGCAUAAAAAUGCUACUUCCUAUUAAAUCUUUUUUAACCAAAUUAUUUUGUAAUAAAAUGUCAUUUUCCUUUCCAGAAGGAAAAAAAUGAACUAUAGAGUUAUUAGGGAAAAAUAAAAUAUUUGCUGUGAUUAUUUUUCCCUGGUAAGUUACAAGAAUUUACUGAAGAAUAGAUACUAUCACUUUCCCUCACGUCAUAUCUCCCCCCCC